GAACAUUUUUACUUGAUUUAAAAAUAAAAUAUCUACAAGCAAGCUCCCGCCAAAACAGAUCCAAACUAAUAUUUCACGAUCACCUCUCUUCAGUCGCGCUCUUCGUCUCAGAUUCGCGCUUUGCGAGAGUGUAAGCAUACAUGUGUGUGUGUCUGUGUGUGUGAGUGUGUAUGUGAGAUGUCGGUGCUCGGCGUGUGCUUCAAGUGCUGAAACUCAUGAACGAAAAUAUUGCGCUUGAUAGUCGGGGAAUCGAACUCGAAAGAGCGACAACGCGUUUUAGAUUUUGUUUUUUUGUUUGUUUUAAAUGUUUGUUUUUUGUUGUUUCUCGUCAUUUUUAUCGUCGUUAAUUUUGCGCGCGCAACGACUCGGCAAGUUCGGAAAUCCUGACAGCUUCCAUCUGCAAUAAUCAAUAAUGUUCGGCUACGCGACGUGACAAUUAAUGCUACUAACGCAGCAGCAGGGGCAGAGGCAGAGGCAGAGGCAGCGGGCACGGCACCAUCGAAUUUCAAUUAACAAAAUAAGCAAAGCACCAAAAAUAUCAACAUAAUAGAAACAUAAUUAGCCAUUAGCCCCGUACCGAGCCCGAGUACAACAGCGCCGCAGCGUAGUCGACCGAGCCACGUUCGUUGCUCACAAAAUUCGGCCACAAAUUCGCACAUUGUUGCACGUGCUCCGCUGGCGGUUGAUUGACGACUGACAGCUUCAGUAGUUGAAGCAGCUCUACGGCCAGCGACAGCCCGCCAUGCGGACGGAGUCGGCAAUGGAAGCAGCAGAGGACCAUCAGCUGCUACGCACAAUCGCAUUGCGAUCGGACCGCACAGGCGCUGAUAUCGAUGCGGAUGACAGUGUCCUGCGAUACUCAUUCAAAGGCAGUCCGCCGGAGCUCUACUCGCCCAAGAAGGAAUUCAUCUACACUCACGCGCUCGUCGAGAAACAGCUUGUGCUGAAGAAGACCUGCGAAUGGUGGUUCUACAAGCAUAAAAAUAUCCGCAACAUGUCGACACACUGGCGCCAGCACGCGUUAAUAUGGAUCAGCGUUGCGCUCUUGCUGAGCCUGUUCGGCCUCUUUAUCUUCUUCAUUUGCGGCACGCCCAGCGAUAGCAGUCCCAAGCGUCUCUAUGAGGUGGAAGAGCCCAUGAACUUUUUAAACGACACGAUUAUUAUCAACCGGAGCGAUGAACGCGUUACGGAAAACGGCUACAAAUUUGACAGCCUACAAUAUCCGGAGGGCGACAAUCUCAGCGCCUUUGUAUCGCCACAAAAGAUACACAACAUUAGCCUCAAUGCCGAGGAUAUGCUCUACGAAUCRAAACGACAGAGCAGCAGCAGCAGCAACAGCAGUCUGAAGGAUACGACCUCAGCCUUCAGCAUGACGGGCACGUUCCGCAGACAGUCCAGCCAGAUCUGGGAUCCACAUCCGGAGUACUUGCUGCACGUGUUCGGCAAGGUGCUGCACCUCAUGCUGCACCAGGACACCUCGUUCAUACCAUCGAACACAUUUCGAGUGAUUCGCAUACUCAACAAUCACACCGAGGAGUCGAAGCACGAGCCGGAGGAGGAGAGCGGCCACUUUCUGGGCUGCUAUUACAAGGGUUACGUGGAUGGCGAUAAUCAAUCAGCAGUGGCCGUCUCUCUCUGCGGCGGCAUGACUGGUUAUAUAAAAACCAGUUUCGGCACGAUGCUCAUUCAGCCGGUCAAUCAGACGGACAGCGACCAGAUUUUGCAUCGCGUCUGGCGGCACUCGCAGCGCAGUCCUAGACACGCUGUCUCCGAUUUUGAUCUGGAGCUCGCGGCGCUCGACAUGGCGGCGAGCAUGCCACAGCGGCUCACGCGACAAAAGCGCCACUUUCCGAAUCUGGACAAUCAGGUCUACACGCUGGAGGUGCUCAUUGCCGUUGACAGCACCAUGUUCGAGUUCCAUGGCAAAGACCUCAGGUCCUACAUUCUCACGCUGUUCUCAAUCGUAUCGAAUAUCUUUGCGGAUGCCAGCAUUGGCUACUCCAUAAAGCUGUCGCUGCUCAAUCUGGUGGAGUUCAACUCGGAUGCGCGCCACGGACCCGAACAUGCCAGCUCCACCAACGAGAAACUCAAUAACUUCUGCUCGGAUCUAACCAGACGGGGCAUUCACUACGACACCAGCAUACUUAUCACGCGCGAUAAGAUUUGCAACAAUGAGCGAGACGAGCGCUGCAGAACUCUGGGUCUGGCCGAGCUGGGCACGCUCUGCAAGGCUCGCUCCUGCUCCUUUGUGCAGGACAAUGGCCUGGCCGCCGCCUUCACGAUUGCCCACGAACUGGGCCACAUCUUCAACAUGCCGCACGACGAUGACGACCGUUGCAAGCCGUACAAUAUGAAGUCGGGCACGCUGCACAUCAUGUCCAGCGUCAUGGGCGACAAUAUGUACCCGUGGUCAUGGUCCAAGUGCUCGCAGCACUAUGUCUCCGAGUUUCUCGAAAAAAUGGACAAGUCCUGCCUGGAGAACACGCCAUCCUCGUACAUAAGGGAAGAGAGCACGAAGCAGCCUGGAGAGAUUUAUUCGCUGGACCAUCAGUGUCGUCUGAUACAUGGCAACCAGAGCACCCAUUGCUUCUCGGAGGUGGAGUGCAAGAAACUUUUCUGCAACGCCAACACGCAUCCCAACGGGCUCUGUCGUUCCAGCAACUUGCCCUGGGCAGAUGGCACGCCCUGCAACAGCAACAGCAAGAACGGAUUCUGGUGUCAGAAGGGUAAGUGUGUGCCACGCUCGGGCACUGGGCUACGCGUGGUGCACGGCGGCUGGGGUCCCUGGGACGCCUUCACGCCAUGCAGCCUGUCGUGCGGCGGCGGCGUGCAGCACUCGCGCCGUGAGUGCAACAAUCCGGCGCCCCAAAACGGUGGCAAGUACUGUGUGGGCAGCCGCAAGAAGUACCGCUCCUGCAACACCCACAACUGUCCGCCAGGCACCGUCGAGCCGCGCGAGCAGCAGUGCUACGAUAUGUACGGCAAAAAGAAGAUUCCGGGCGUGAGCCCGUCCUCCAAGUGGGUACCGAAAUAUGGACUGAAUACCCAUGAGAUGGACAAGUGCAAGCUGUAUUGCCGCAUCGAGGACAACACCGCCUACUUUCUGCUGAAGGACGUCGUCACGGACGGCACCAACUGCAACGUGGACAGCUUUGACAAGUGCGUCAACGGCAUCUGCCGGCCGGCAGGCUGCGACAACGAACUCAACUCCAUUGCCAAGCUAGACAAAUGCGGUGUUUGCGAGGGACGCAACGAUACGUGCGAGGAAUACACCGGAAACGUGUACGUCUCAGAUUUGCUGAAGCAAAAGAAACCCUCACAGAGCCUCUUCUAUGUCGCGACAAUACCAAAAGGUGCCUCAAAUAUUGUUAUCACACAGCCCGGCUAUCCCGAUCAGAACUACAUUGUGUUGAGCAACGACAAUCAUGAUAAUCUGCUGAACAACGACAAAGUGGUAACGCCCUAUCCGAAGAAGACCACCUAUGCAGGCGUGACACUCGAUUACAAUGGCUCCAACAGCACCGUGGAGCGCGUCAACUCCACCUACUCAUGGAAGCUGACCCGUGAUCUGAUUGUUAAGGUCAUCUCGAUAGAUCUGAGUGCUGAUAAGGAUCAGAAUACGGUACUCAUUUCGUACACCUAUACUUUGGACAAGCCGUUCAUUGCGGAGGCUGAGGUGGAGAUCUAUCGCUGGCAAAUGCCAGCUUGGAGCAGCUGCGACUCACUCUGCCAGGGCACAAUGCAUCGCCAGGCCACCUGCAUAAGCACCACCCAGGGUCUAAAGGUGUCUUCCCAGUUCUGCGAGGAGUCGGCUAAGCCGAAGGCGGAGUCACGCAGCUGCAACACGGACUGCAUCCUAACAUUGAACACGACGAGCAUAUCAGAGUGCUCCGCGGCUUGCGGGGAGCUGGGCGUGCGUGAGAAGACCUUCAACUGUAUCCAGACAUUCCCGGAUAUUCAGCGCACGAAUAUCGUGGACAUGUCCUUCUGCCAGGCCAAGUUCGAGAUUGUGCGCCACGAGGAGUGCCGCGAGGGCUGCUGGAACUACACGGACUGGUCAACGUGCACCAAGACCUGUGGCACGGGUACCCAAGUGCGCGAGGUGCGUUGCUAUCUGAACCAUACGCCCGUUAGCGAUGAACUGUGCAAUCCGCGGACCAAGUACGCACUGAAUGAUCUGCUGCGCACCUGCAACAUGGAGCCCUGUCGCUUUUAUCCGGAUCCGAUGAUAAACCAACGCUCCGUGAUCGCCUGGGUGACGGGAGAGUGGGGCGAGUGCAGCGAAUGGUGCAAGAUGAACCGCACCGUGACCUGCUCCAGCAGCUACGGCGGCUACUGCCCGAAGGACAGGAUGCCCAAGGCGGCGCGCAAUUGCUGCCACAUCAAGUACGUCAGCGAAUGGGAGAAGUGCUCUGUGGUGUGCGGCUCGGGCAUCAAGCGCAAGGUGCAGAAGUGCGCCCGCGUCUACAAGUCAGAGGUGCGCGGCACGCCCAAGCGGCGAGAAUACGUGGCUGACUCCUUCUGCAAGGCGUUGGGCGUGCGCAAGCCAUCGCUGCGCAAGUCCAGCAAGAAGUGCUUCAUCAACUGCAAAUGGGAUGUGUCCGAGUGGACGCGCUGCACCAAGGACUGCACGGAGGAGUACCAGACGAGGUACGUGCACUGCGAGGCGUGGCCCGGCAACACGGUGGACGACAGGCACUGCGAUGCCAAAAAGCGACCGAUCCACAGGAAAAUAUGCACCAACUGUGCCAGAGUUCGCACCAAGGUGACCAGACCGUGCGAUUGCUCAGGCUACGAGCAGCGACGCAACUACUACUACGACUCAAAGAUGCGCAAGACGAGCAGACUGGCGAAGGUGAAGUGCACGCCGCCGCCCAGCUGCCGAAGAAGGAGCAUCAGCGGCAGUAAUCAGUCGAGGGCUGUGCAGGUGCGCCGGGCACAGACAUGCGCCGAUGUGCAGCAAAUGUAUUCCGUCUACAAGGAUGGCGAAUACACGCUGCAGGUGGGCUCACGGCAGGUGCGCAUCUACUGCCAUCAGAUGACCAGUCGGACGCCGCGAGAGUAUAUUACAGUGAAGCCGCAGGAGAACUAUUCCAUCUAUUAUGAGUACAAGACGCGACUGAACGACAGCUGUCCGCCGGCCUCGAGAGCCCACGAGUAUGCCAACGAUCAAAACUCGGGGCGGACGCACUUUGCCAAACUGCGGCUGAACAUCAGCGACCUGAGGAUCAUCGAGAACGAUUUCGAGUUUGCGGAAUCAAGGGGUCAGCGCCAAGCGCUGGGAUCAGCUGGCGAUUGCUACAAUCGCAACAUGAACUGUCCCCAAGGAGACUUUUCUAUCAGUCUGGAGCAUACGGGGUUUUUCUUGCGUCCGGGCACCGUGUGGAACACGUAUGGCAAUCGUGCGGUCAUGCAUCAAGCCAGCAGGUUCGACACAGCUUCGACGUCACGACGAGCAUUUUGUGGUGGCUUUUGCGGGCGCUGUCACAUAUCACCCGCGUCCGGACUGUACGUGGAUGUUCUGUGAUAAUGCGCCCGCAGCAAUUGAAAGUAGAGCAUAUGGGUUGGACGCCUUGUACAAAGAGCUCACGCAGAAGCAUGCAUAGGAGCAAAGUUAGA